CAGAAGAACCAGCCCGCUGACAGAUUCUCGGUGGCGGCGGCGGCGGCAGCGGCGGCGGCCCUGGACUGCGGGGAAUGGGAGUUCGCGGGCCUUGACUGAGCACCGCCCCCGCCUCCCUGCCCCCGACAUGGCUCAAGAGAAAAUGGAGCUAGACCUAGAACUGCCUCCGGGUACGGGCGGGAGCCCGGCGGAGGGCGGCGGCAGUGGCGGCGGCGGGGGCCUGAGGAGGUCUAACAGCGCCCCCCUGAUCCACGGCCUCAGUGACACUUCGCCGGUGUUCCAGGCCGAGGCGCCCAGCGCCAGGCGGAACAGCACGACGUUCCCGAGCCGCCACGGCCUGCUGCUACCGGCCUCCCCCGUCCGCAUGCACAGCAGCCGCUUGCACCAGAUCAAACAGGAGGAGGGCAUGGACUUGAUCAACCGAGAGACCGUCCACGAGCGCGAGGUGCAGACCGCAAUGCAGAUAAGCCACUCCUGGGAGGAAAGUUUCAGCCUGAGUGACAACGAUGUGGAGAAAUCUGCCUCCCCGAAGCGCAUCGAUUUCAUUCCGGUGUCGCCAGCACCGUCACCCACCCGGGGAAUUGGGAAGCAGUGUUUUUCACCAUCCUUGCAAAGUUUUGUGAGUAGCAAUGGAUUGCCUCCAAGUCCUAUUCCCAGCCCAACGACCCGAUUUACUACCCGGAGAAGCCAGAGUCCCAUCAAUUGCAUUAGACCAAGUGUUCUUGGACCACUGAAAAGAAAAUGUGAAAUGGAUACUGAUUAUCAGCCAAAGAGAUUUUUCCAGGGAAUCACCAAUAUGCUUUCUUCUGACGUUGCACAGCUGUCAGAUCCCGGUGUGUGUGUAUCUUCAGAUACCCUUGAUGGAAACAGCAGCAGUGCCGGAUCUUCUUGUAACUCACCAGCGAAAGUCAGCACUACUACCGAUUCUCCUGUGUCACCUGCCCAAGCGGUCUCUCCAUUCAUUCCAGUAGAUGAACUUUCAUCUAAGUGAUUUUCCCAAACCCAAGACUUUGUUUUCGCAGUGGAGAGAGAACAAAAAUCAAGUUGGAGCAAGUACUGAACUUUGUUGAUUAAUUUGAGGCUAUUUCCUAUUUGACCCUUUUCCUUUUUUGGAAUUUCCUGAAAUGUUAUUCUAGAGAACUUCUAUGUCCAGUUCCUGCGGGUGCCCUUGAAUUCAGUGUAGUAAUAUUUUCAGACGUUUUCCCAAUAAGUGUGUUGAAGCAUACAUCUUUACGCUGCUAAUAUGUCUAAAUACAUAUGUUAUUCCUUGAUUUUUUUAAAUAAUUGAGAGCUCUAUUUAUUUAUGGGAUUAUUAAGUUCUGAUGAAAAUAUAAAUGUUGAAUUAAUCAGCAUAGUAAACUGAUGUUUUAAAAUUCCAUAUUUCAUGCCCACACUAAUUUUAAUGUUUUUUUCCAGUGAUUGCUAAUUUCCAUUUGAUAAAGAACAAUAACUUAACUUUUAAAGCUAUUUUUAAAAUAUGCUAGUUAUAAUAUAUCAAAUCAGUGGUUGUCUUUUACCCUGUGAUCCUUGGGUAUUUAAUUUGGGGGCUCAUAAGUGGAUAGGAGGGGGUUGAUAAAAGAACAAAGUAUAAACGUUUGCAACAAAUCUUUUUAAAUUAAGUAUAUAAAAGUCAACAUAUUUAAGAAAAAUGUUUUCUAAUGAAAUUUUAACAGUAGUUUUCAUGUCAUACAAAUAUUACUACCAUGCAGGAAAAUGAAAAAUUUCUUUUUUUACUAGAAAGUACAUUCUCUUGAAUAUAAUCCUGAAGUAAAAUGGGACAGUGCCUUGCAGUCGUCACCCACUGUACAUGAGCUGAGACUAAGCUCUUUGUACCACUGCAAACCUAAAACUUUUUCAAAUGUAGAAAAUGUGUAGGAAGCCAUGUUAAGCUCCAGCUGAGUACCCAGGCAGACAAUAUUCUGUCAGUUGUCAAACUUUAAAAUACCCAAUCAUGCCUCAUUUCUGAAAAUCCUUGCCAACAAGGAGCCAGAGCAAGUUUUGGCUGCUUUUCUGCUCUGCUCAUCUGUUACCUUCCUCGUUUUCCUUUGCUCAGGAAGGAAGCAGCUGUUUCCUUGCCAACAAGUUCUUCCUCCUCACCUCCCACAAAACUAGGGCACCAUCGGUUAGACAAAGGUACAGUGUGACUUGGAUUUCUGACAGUUAGCAACAGCAGUACUGUGGAAUUGUUUCAGGAGCCUCUAUGGUUAAAGAUAGAGCAGGAGUUGACUGCCUUGGGGAUGUCAGUUGAUAAAGGGUCAAUGACUCACAAGAGAAGAAUUAUUGGAGAGUCACAUAGGUAACUCAUUAUUUACUUCAGGUUUUGUUAAAGAUAGAAUUGUUAAAUGUUCUUUUCUUUGCCUUUUAAAAUUAGGACAAAAAUAAUAUUUAAUUUGCAUAAUAAAUGUUUUAUAUUAUACAUAACUAGAUAGGUAGGUAUAGAAAGAAAGAAUGGUGCACAGAAGGGGAGGGGGAAGAAAUAAAAGGCUUAAAGAGAGAGUGGGACAAAAAGCCCCAGCUUUUUUGAGAUUAUUGCCUACAGAGACUUUUACAAUUAUUUGGAAUUUUUACAACUGCAAGAAUAAAUGGAACUGGUCAACUCUUGAUAGUUGCGUCAAGGAUUCAGUGAAAUUAUGUCGAGGGUAAGAUUGUAUGCAAAAGGCUUAAAUUUUUCUGUUCUGAGUAAUGUUCAUAGGCUCCAGUCCUGACCUUGUUUGUCAAAUUCAAACCUUUUGGGCACCUUGACCUGCUUCCAGAGGUACUUUAAUCUUAACAUCUUUAAAACAAAUUUAUCAUCAUCUCGCUUAAUCUCCUCUUGCAUUGCCUAAAUCAAUGUCAUCACUAUCUAAUUUCCUAAAUUAGCAACAGAUAAGCAUCUUUGACUUUCUCUUUUUGCCACUUCCAACUUAAUCACCAAAUCCCAUCAACUUCACUUCUGAAAUGAGUCUCAUAUUGCUCCCUUCCUCUAGAUCUGUUGCCGCUCAUGUAGCUUAAGUUCUUUUCUAAAUGAUCUCCCCCCGUCUUCUCCUUCCCUUCUGGUCCAGUCCUCGCAGUGCCUCUAGAGUGAUCCUUCUAAAAUAUAAACAGUUUUUUCACUCUCUUGCUUGAAAACUUUACAUUAUUCCCCAUUUCCUACAGUUUAGGAAACAAUUUCUUUAGUGUAUAAGGUCUAUCAUAAUCUGUCCUUACUCUAAAAAAAAUCUUCAAUCCUCUGUUAAUCCCCUUCCUAAUACACAGCUAUCCUUCUUACUCUGCAAAUACUAGACUACUUGAUAUUCUUUAAAUAUACCAUGUAGUUUCAUGUGUCUGCGCCUUUGGUCAGGUGAUUAUGUCUCCUUAAAAUGCCAUUCUUGUCCUCAGCCAGGUAGAUGCUUUGUCUGUUUCUACAGCAUGGGAAUUUAACUAUAAAAGUAAUAUAUACCUGCUGAUAAUAAAAUAUUUAAACAAUGCAGAUGUCCAUAUACUAAAAAAUGAAAGUGUUUUACUAUGCAAAAUUCAUUUUCCCUUCCCACAGGUAAUCUCUAUUCACAGUUUGCUGUAUAUUACAGAAGAGCGUUAUUCCAGAUUUCCACGUGUAUAUGUAUAUAAGUGCAGGAAACCAGCAUGGCAUUCUUGAUCCCUUUCUUACUUUCUUUCCCUCAUAUCUAAUCAUUUACCAGGUCUUUCUGAUUUUAUCUUCUAGAAUCUGUCUCCUUGUUUCCAUCUCUACUGCCAGCCUCAUCCAUGCUACCUACCACCAUUUCUCUCAUGUUUCUGAAGCAGCCUCCUAACACCACUUAUCCCUGUCAUGUUCUCUCUGGUCUGCUUCCUGCUCGUUUUUCGUAUGUCAGCUAGAGUAAUCCUUUUUAAAUUGCAGACCCAACCCCUCUGUCUCCUGGUUUAAAGCUUUUUGAUUGCUUCCUGUUCUUAUGGUAUACCAAAAUGUAUUAAUUCUGGCCCUUGCCCCUCCUUUCCUUUGUGCUCCAUCCUCACUGGCUUGCUUGCUUCUCUUUACACACAUCAUGUUCUCUCCCAUUUCAGGUGGUAGUCCCAGAUAUUUUUCCCUGAAAGCAUGGAAGAAGGUGGUGUUGGUGGGGUGUCUUAAUGUCUCUAAGCUUAUUCUUCUAGAAAGGUGGUACCUUUUAAAAUCAGAUAAGGCUUUAAGAGUUUAUAUGGACACUUUACAUUAUAUUGUUGUUCACAACUAUAAUUAUUACUCUGUAGAAUAUAAGGCCUUAGCUUGUGUAAGAAUUAUCUUUCAAAAACAUUUUUGCUAUAAUAUAGUUCAUAUAAUUUUUUUGACUAUUGGUAUUGCUAAUCUAUAAACUUCAUCUUAGAAGCCUUAGAUCAUAUAUCAACAUUUAAAUCAUAGUUUGUCAUAUAUAAUAAACCUCUGUGGUAUAUUUUUCUUUCUUAAUGCUUGUUAAAAACACAGUGUAAAUGGGAAAAAUAAUGGUCACCAAAUCCCAGGCUGCUGGAUAGCAGAGCUUUUAAGCAUACUUGAAAGAUUGAUUGUAAUCAAGAAUAACCUGUGUCAGAUUGCCUUCUAGUGAUUACAUUUAUUAGUUUAGUCAGUUACAUUCCUACAGAAAGACAACUCUUGAGAUAUUUGGCAGUAAAAUGGGGGAAAGGGUCAAGGCUUACAAGCUAAACAGGCCUGAGAAAAUUGUUUAUAGAUUCAUGGAAAAAGUCUGAAGAUCCAAGAGAGAGGUUGGGGAAAAGAGGAAUACUUACCAGAACAAUGCACUGAAGAAGGUGGUAUAACCUCUAUCUCCAAGGCAGCAGAGUCAGAGAAUAGAAGAAAGAGUUGACCUGGGAACAGAGGUCUGGAAGCUUUUUAAAUUUUUCUUCUGAAACAGGACAGAGAUUGAAAAGACUAGGCAAUGAUAUCAGUAAAUACUGAAUUUACUGAUAGGAGUGUGGAAAAUGGAAAGACUGUGUGUCUGAUUGCUCCUAUUUUCCAAUUAUUGAGGAGUCUAGGAUAUUUGAAAGUGGGGCAGGAGUAGAAUUGGAAGUGUGAGAGAAAUAAAGAUUUAGUGUUACCUCUUAAGAAUCUAGAGGAGUGACUUACAGGUGAGUAGAAGGUUUAUUAGGCCACAUUGAAUAUCAGGUUGCAGUUUGAAUGGCAGGAGCAAAGAAAGCGGAUUGAUGUUGGAUUUACCUAGGUUUGGGUAUUAUUUCUGUGGGUACUGGGUAAAAUCCAGUGUGUGAAGCAAUUAAGGAUUCUGCUGAAAGUAUAGUUUGAAUAAUUGGCCGGGGCACCAAGGAUGCUGAGAAGUCAGCAGAAGGUGAUGGACUAGGCAGUUAUUUUCAAGGGCUUUCAUUAUAAUCAGUCAUGACAGAAUACAGAAAACUUGGUCUCUCAUUUUAGGGCUCUUGCUUUAGCAGCUUUGCCCAUACUUUUCAUGGGGCUCAUUUUGUUCAGUUAGAGAAUCAGGUCUAAAGAUAAGCAUUGAGUUUCACUUAUUUGAAAAAAAUUCAAGUUAGAUUGCUCAUUGUAGCCAAAUAAAAGUUCUUUGUGCCUUCCCUAAAUUGCCAUCCAAUUAAAAAUUUUUCUUAAGAAUUGAAACAAACUUUAUUUAAAAAUAAAGUACCUGCCAUGUGUCAGGCACUGUUUUAGGUUCUAAGCAAAUGCAUUAAUUCACUUAAUCUUUAUCACUGCCAUCUGAGGUAAGUGCCAUUAUCAUUCUCAUUUUAUAAAUGAAGAAAUGGACUCACGGGGAAAUUAAGUAACUUGCCCAGGGCACCAUAGCAAGGAGAUAGGCAAUAUAUUGUGGUGGUUAAGAACACAGACCGUGGAGCUGGAUGGCUGUGGUGAGGAUUAAAUGAGCCAAUAUAUGUAAAAUGCUUACAACAAUGCAGGGCAAUUUCUGUAGAAGCAGCAACUCAUUAUAAUUGUGGUAGUGGUAGUUGUCAGUUAUUGUUGUCAUCUAUCUUAGACUUGUUCCAGGAAUUUUUUCUGUAUCAGCCUUGACUGAUGAAACUCGUUUCCACACUCAAAGUAUACUCUUUACCCUGCAAUGUAGCCUAUCCUUGUAUAAAGUAAAUGUUUUUGAUAUUCGAAUGUAUUUAUUAUAGUGAGCAGACGUUUCCAUGUGUGACUUCCACCAUUUAGUAUGCAAAACAAGCCUUAUACUUGUUUUGAUAGUCCUCCCUUCACAAAUCAGAAACAGACUCCUCUGUGAAAUAGAGGGGUCACCUCAUCUUCCUUCCUGAUUUUAGAAGUCUUGAGCAGUCUCUUCAGUGUAUCCCCUCUGUAUGAAAUAGGCCAGUCAUAGCGUGGCAGCCAAGAUUUUCACAAGAUUGUGAUUCCCCAUAGGGAAAGCAAGAGCCAGCCUUCUAACAUGAGACGUCACCAAAAAUAAUAAUUUCACAGCUAAUAUUUAUUAAGCACUCAGUAUGGGCCUAGGCACUAUUUUCAGUGCUUUUCGUAUAUGAAUACAUGUAAUCUUCAUGACAACCUUGUGCGGUAGGUGCUGUGGUUAUUCCUAUUUAACAGAUGAGAAAACCAAAUAUAUUUUCUCAAGUCCCUGUUACUUGCUGUUUUGUUGUUUUGUUGGGUUUUUUUUGCUUUUGCUUUUUGAGUGUCAGGCAUUUUGUCUUUUUCUUAUAAACAGAAUUUUUUUCUUAUUGAUAUAAAGCUAUUUCCAUCUAACUUUAGCAACUUUAUUUUGCUAGCCCUGCCACUUCUAUUUUAAAUCAAAGUAUAUGUUUAUUUAAAAGAUGGCUUUAGACG